CGUUCUCGUAUACAAACAUUUUUCCUUUGUCACUGCGCCACUCCUCCCAUUGUCCUCGACUCUCUCUCACUCUCGCGAAAAGAGGGGGGUUGAUUGGGAGAUCAAAACUUAAUAAAAAGAUUAUACAAAAUAAAAGAGAGAAGCAUUUGGAGCCCAUGUAACAACACUCUCCUCCUCCUCUUUCUCUCUCUCUCUCUCCACCAAUUUUAAUGGCUCUGACGCCAUUGAUGAGCUCCACCGCGGUGGUCCUAAUGGCGUUUGCGGCCGCGGCGGCGGUGGCGCUCCACCCCGCCGUCGCCGCCGUGUCCUACGACCGCAAGGCCCUCGUCAUCAAUGGGCGGCGCCGGAUCCUCAUCUCCGGCUCCAUACACUACCCCAGGAGCGUCCCCGAGAUGUGGCCUGAUCUUAUUCAGAAGGCUAAAGAUGGGGGAUUGGAUGUUAUACAAACUUAUGUUUUUUGGAAUGGGCAUGAGCCAGUCCCUGGUCAGUAUUAUUUCGAGGGGAGGUAUGAUUUGGUUCAGUUCAUUAAGCUGGUGCAUCGGGCUGGUCUCUAUGUUCACCUCCGAAUCGGUCCAUACAUUUGUGCGGAAUGGAAUUUUGGGGGAUUUCCUGUUUGGCUAAAAUAUAUUCCCGGUAUCAGGUUUAGAACAGAUAAUGAGCCUUUCAAGGCCGCUAUGGCAAACUUCACGGCUAAGAUCGUCAACAUGAUGAAGAGCGAAGGGCUGUUUGAAUGGCAGGGUGGUCCUAUCAUUCUUUCUCAGAUUGAAAAUGAGUUUGGACCAUUGGAGUGGGAUCAAGGAGAGCCGGCCAAAGCUUAUGCGAGCUGGGCUGCUAAUAUGGCCGUGGGCCUCAACACUGGUGUCCCGUGGGUCAUGUGCAAAGAAGAGGAUGCCCCUGAUCCAGUUAUUGACACCUGCAACGGAUUCUAUUGCGACUACUACACUCCAAGCAAGCCUUACAAGCCCAUGAUGUGGACCGAGGCUUGGACUGCAUGGUACACAGGUUUUGGGAUUCCAGUUCCCCACCGGCCCGUCGAAGAUCUAGCAUUUUCUGUUGCCAAAUUUAUCCAAAAAGGUGGAUCUUUUGUUAAUUACUAUAUGUACCAUGGAGGAACAAACUUUGGCCGCACUGCUGGUGGUCCCUUUAUUGCAACUAGUUAUGACUAUGAUGCUCCAAUAGAUGAGUAUGGUCUAUUACGACAACCAAAAUGGGGUCACUUAAGAGGCUUGCACAAAGCCAUCAAGUUGUGUGAGCCAGCUCUGAUUUCCAGUGAUCCUGUAGUGAUCUCACUCGGAAAUUCUCAGCAGGCUUCUGUUUUUAGGUCAAGCUCAGGAUAUUGUGCCGCUUUUCUUGCAAACUAUGAUUCAGAGUCUUCUGCAAGAGUAACAUUUAAUGGAGUGCACUAUCAUCUUCCGCCCUGGUCCAUAAGUAUUCUUCCUGAUUGCAAAACAACAGUUUUCAACACUGCAAGGGUAGGAGUUCAGACCUCACAGAUGACAAUGGAACGGGUUGGAGGGUUUUCAUGGCAAUCGUUCAAUGAAGAGAUAACCUCGUCUAAUGAUGAAUCAUUCACAACAGUUGGGCUAUUGGAGCAGAUAAAUGUGACACGAGAUAAUACAGACUAUUUGUGGUAUACAACAUAUGUUGACAUUGGCCAGGAUGAACGAUUUUUACAGAACGGGCAGUCUCCUGUCCUCACCGUGAUGUCAGCUGGUCAUUCUUUGCAUGUCUUCAUUAACAGACAACUAAUUGGUACCGUAUAUGGUAGUAUAGAGGAUCCAAAGUUGACGUAUACUGGAAAUGUGAAUCUUUGGGUGGGAAGCAACACCAUUUCCAUCUUAAGCGUGUCGGUUGGGCUCCCUAAUGUAGGUGAGCAUUUUGAGACAUGGAAUGCCGGGGUUCUUGGUCCUGUGAUGCUAAAUGGUCUCAACGAGGGAAGGAGAGAUCUCACAUGGCAGAAAUGGACCUAUCAGGUUGGUUUGAAAGGUGAAACUUUGGGUCUGCAUUCACUGAGUGGAAGCUCCUUACUCGAGUGGGGAGAAGUUCCUCAAGAACAGCCUCUUAUGUGGUACAAGGCUUUCUUCAAUGCACCGGAUGGGGAUGAACCAUUGGCUUUAGAUAUGAGCAACAUGGGGAAAGGUCAGGCAUGGAUCAAUGGUCAAGGCAUUGGUCGGUAUUGGCCUGGCUAUAAAGCAUAUGGAGAUUGUAGUGAUUGUGACUACCGUGGAACUUAUAAUGAGACCAAAUGUCAGACCAACUGCGGAGAGCCCUCUCAAAGAUGGUAUCAUGUUCCUCGGUCUUGGCUGAACCCAACUGGGAACCUGUUGGUUGUCUUUGAAGAGUGGGGCAGUGAUCCUACUGGCAUCUCUAUGGUGAAGAGAACUAUUGGUAGUGUUUGUGCCAAUGUUUUCGAGAUGCAACCAUCGAUGAGAAAUUGGCAUACAAAAGAAAACGAGAAUUCGAAAGUUCAUUUGCUCUGUGAUUUUGGAAAGAAGAUAACAAAGAUCACGUUUGCGAGCUUUGGAACACCCCGAGGAGUAUGCGGAAACUUCUCAGAGGGAAGCUGCCAUGCCCACAAGUCGUAUGAUCCUUUCGAGAAGAAGUGUAUUGGUCAGCAACGGUGCUCGAUUAGUGUAGUUCCUGAGGUCUUUGGGGGGGACCCAUGUCCUGGAACAAUGAAGAGAUUAGCAGUGGAGGCUAUUUGUGGAUGAUGGAAUCAAGGAUAAUACUAGUAGAUAAGCUGAUAAUUCUCAUUUGCUCUAUGUUGUCUGCUCACCACACCCACACUGAAAAGCUGAUUUCGAUUUAAAGCAUACGCCGAGCAGUUUUCAAUUUCUUCAGCUUCUGGCAAGAGGUGAAGUUAACGGACAGUGCGACACACCAACCGUCAGAAGCAACAAGUACAGUUUACAAUUGAUUGGAGAAGCUAUUAUAUGUACACUAGACCGGCAGAUUUAUUAUCAUUUGCAUAAAUUUGGAGACAACAAAGGAGCUGUAUGCAUUUUUCAGAUGGUUUGAUACACUUGUGGAAGGGAACAGGUUGCUAAAGGACUGUACUAUUUAUUCAAUCAUUAACCAAGAUAUUAUUAUGAUAUGAUUCUUUUACUCGAGAACUCAAUCGAAAAUUUCAGGUUUGGAUUUGGCUA